AUGGCGGCUGCUCUUAUCACCUUUCUUCUCCUUGUCCACAGUGUUUAUUCAGCGCCCGUCUACCCUCACAACACGACUAAUUUCCUGCUGGAUGUAUCUGAUGCUUGCAGCGAUCUCCGGAAUUGCCGAACGAUGUGGUGCAUCGUCUAUAGCUGUCUCCUUACCGUGUUUGCAUGCAUUUGGACGGCAGUACACCCAAACGUACCAGGGCGCUAUUAUAGUUCCUGGUCGCUUAAAUGGCCCCGCAUCGAAUUAAUGGCACUUUCACUGGUUUCACCGGAGUUCAUUUUGACGAUCGCAUGGAAGGAAUUCUUGACAUCCUGGAGAAUAUCAAAGAAAUGCAAGAAGGUAGAAGAGUGGACCCUUACACAUUCGUACUUUGUCACCAUGAAUGGCUUCUACGACCUACCAAAAGGAAGAACGGUGGAUCUGAACGACUUGCAGCAAUACCCCGGCAUAAUUGAGAAGUUUGGGGAUGUUAGAAAGGCCGCAAUAACGAAGGAGAAAAUUCUCGACCGAAGCAAAAGGGAUCCGUUCGCCAAAUUGAUAAUCGUCAUUCAAUUUUUAUGGUUCAUCACCCAAUACACUGGACGAUGGGCAGGCCGUUUGCACAGAUCACAACUCGAGACAAUGACACUGGCGUAUGUGGCACUGAAUGUCAUUGUUUACGUGUUGUGGUGGCAUAAACCCGUUAAUGUUCAAUUUCCAAUCCAUGUGACGGAGGAGUUCCCCCCAACUUCCGAGACGAAUCAACAAGCACUUAAAGUGGAGACAGGCGCAGAUCCAACAACUCCUGUCAAGGAGGUCGGGACCCCGGGACUUGCUUUCAUAUUUGCGGCCACUGGGAUCAUUUUCGGAGGAAUACAUUGCUUUGCCUGGUCAUUUCCCUUUCCAACAUAUGUGGAGAUGAUUCUGUGGCGGAUUUCAGCGAUAUACAUUACAGCGGCUCCUGUCGUUUUAGCGUUGAGUGUAUGGGUUGCUGGUCAUGCUGCAGUUGAUCAUGUUAGCGACGUUGGUGCAGGUGUAGUACUACUCAGUGGACCUGUUUAUGCCAUUGCACGGGUUAUCUUACUUGUACUUACCUUCACCUCUCUACGUUCACCUCCACCUGAUCUAUACCAAACCCCAUCUUGGUCAUUGCUCCUCCCACAUUUUGGAUAG